CGUUAUCGAAGUGCAUAUUCCCUCCUUCAUAAAGUCUUCAUUCACUCCAUUCUCAACCACUCCCAAAACUUAGGGUUUCUCUCCGAACCCAACCCUCAAAAUUCCGGCGACUCUGCAACCGUCACACUCCCAUAUUCAUCUCCAUGCUUCACAACACCAUCACUUCCUUCAACAGUUCCUCAAUUCCAGAAAAAAUGGACCAAAAAUUGUCUAACCAACUUCAACCUCACUACCAACCAAUGCUCAAAGAAUCAAUCAACCGUUUCUUAACUGAAUACCGAAACGGAGCUACCAAUUUCACCGAUUUCAGCUUAAUCUUUUCCCGUACGCUUCAUAGUACCCCAGACCCGCCAAUUCCACUUGUGUGGUUCUACUCGGCGCUUGAAUUUCACACUAAUAGGUUGAGAAUGGGAAGAGAAGGUUCUGGAAAUUCGGUGAUGGCGGUUAAGAGUUUGUUUCAGUUGUUGGUUUCGUGUUCUGAUGGAAGUGUUUCGAUGAAGAGGAUUGGUGUUCUUGCGCCUUUGGUGUUUGAGAUUUACCGUUUGAUGGUUCAUGAGAAAGAAGUGAUGAAGAGUGAAAUUGAGGGUUUGGUGGAAGGGGUUGUUAGUUAUUGUAGUAUUUUUUGUAUGAAGAGUGAAGUUGAGGUUUUAGGUGGUGGUGAUGGGGUUGUGGUUUUGGAGAAGGAUUUUGUGGAUUUGAUUCCGGUUUGGUUAGUUGGUUGUGACGAUGGUGGUGGUGAGUUUGGGGUUGGUGAUUGUUUGAAGGGGUUUUUCCCUUUGGUGAGUGAUCAGGUUCGAAAGCGAAUUGAAAUGGGUUGUGAGGUUGGUUACUUGGCUGGGGUUGUUAUGUUUGAAGCUCUUUUGUUGAAAUUGUGUUUGAUUUUUGAUGCGGGGAUUACACGAGAGGAGAAGGAGAAGAAGUUGCAAGCUUCCGCAGCUCAGAUCAUGACGGGGUUUCAAAAUUUUUACUUUUUGGAUACCCUUUUCAGGAUGAUGUUGGAGCCAGCUUUGCCAGUGAUCUCCUUGCUGGGUUCUGAAAACGAAGUUCUUUUAAAAGAAGUCCUGUACAAUUCUGUGAUGAUGAUGGAUUAUUCAUUCAUCAAUCGUCAAGCCGGAGUUUCGCUGUAUGCCAACAGCCUGAAAGAUUUUGCUAUUAAUUGGUUGUUUGUUGCUGAGUUAGCUAUACAGUCUGCUAGGGAAAAAGGUGAUCAGGGGAAAGCUACUUCUUAUGUAAAUGCCUUUUGUAGGUCCUGCAUUCCCAUUCAAUUAAUCAACUGGGUUACUAGUCAAAGUGGCAUAGACAGAAAGAUCGGCAGGCCAUAUGUUUCCACUCCCAUAGAUCUUAUAAAAUGGCUUCUUGUUGUUGAGGAACACGGAUUGGCGAUAUUUGGUUGUGGAAUUGCCAAGCAUCGUGCAAAAGCUUUCCUUUUCACUUCAAGAACCGCGUAUAUGCCUCCAGUAGUCAAACCUCACUUUUUAAAUUCUACACAUGGAGGGUCCGUGGCAGAUAGAGUUCGUGGUGGUGAUGUAGAGAUGCAUGAUACUGCGGACACCAGAAGUUUGUCCGGUGAUGAUACAACGAACCCAACCACCACUACUGAUGGAACUAGAAAACGCAAAGAAGGAAUUGAGGAUGAUACAAAAGCACAGCUGAAGUAUAUGAGAUGCCAGUUUCCCGAGAAUUCAGUGAGAGAAAACUCGUUUAUAUUCAGGCAACAGUGAUGGUUUGUGGCUUGUGGGAGGUAUGGCAGGGUAUUUUGGUUUCACAAAGCAUAUGAAGUAAUGGCGCAAUAUCUUUGAUGAAAAAUUAUGAGAGGAUGCAGGGUAAGCAACUUUGUAUGGCUAUAUAUAUAUUAUGGUUAUUUUUGCUGCUAGUGAAUAGCAAACAUUGAACACAGCAUGAUCUUCUGGCAUAGGUGCCUUCAAUUUCAUUUUGGUUGGCAUAAUGCCAUGAAAUGAUGUACUUUGAAGCUUCAAAUUACUGUAACUGUACUAAUUAGGCAUCUGACUUGUUCUUGAAGCCAGUAAUAAGUAAUAACAAUACACAGUAGCCUAAAUAUAUUUGAAAAUAUAUGUUUAUCCUUUUAAAUAUUCAACUUUUUAUUUUAUUUUUGUUGGCUA